AUUUCAAAUGAUGAUUUGAAAAGGAUGGUAAUGAGGAUUUAUCAUCGGCAACCAUCCAUUAUUUUGGACAUUAUUGAUGCAAGGGACGCUGGAAAUGGCAGUCCAGAAAUACCACCAAACAGAGAGGUUCCGUCAUGGUGCAAAUGUAGUUUUUGCCGAGAAAUGACAAAUGAAAUUGAAAAAGUGUGCUGCAAGCAGACACCAGUCAACUGUCACUCCCAACUAAGGGAGUUUAACACCGUGGUGUUAGAUGAGCUGGUCCUGGAGGUUGCCAGGCGAAUGAGGGAGGACCUGAUGAUUGAUCCUCAUGAUGAUAAUUACAACAGAGGGAAUAGGCAUGUUGCAUAUAGGCAGUAUGUCCUAUGGAUCCAUGGUUACCUUGGAGCAGGAAACAGGCGGGUUAUACCAAGCUGUGUUGUUUGGAAAAUAAGGGAGAAAUACCCUGAUCCAGUUGGCCAAUAUGUUGGAUUUGAACCUGGUCGACUUGGCUAA